CCUUUCUUUCAUACUCCUCUUUUUUGCUCAGCAUGUGCGGGAAUAGCCUGGGUUCGGAGGGGGUCCGAGAGCUGUGGCUCGCCCUGGAGGAGAACUCCACAGUGGAGGAGCUGUACCUGGACAUCACUGGCAUCACCGAGAGAGGAACCGAGAACAUGGUCAACUGCCUGAGCAAGAACUCCGCCCUGAAGACCCUCACCUUGGUGGGGAACGAGAUCGGCGAGGCUGGGAAGGACAGGCUGAGGGAGCUGAGGCGUCUCAGGCCGGGGCUCCGCGUCAUCGGGAACUUUGUGGACGACCUGGGCCUGCUGCAGGCCUACCUGGACUGGGUGGAGGAGCUCCGGGCCGACCGGGACCAGAUGGACUCCGUGAGGAACGUCGACGCGCUGCAGUCCGUGCUGAAGGGUCUGAGAGUGGCGGGGGCGCACGGGGAGGGGCAGAAUGCACAGAAAGCCAAGGAACUGGAGACCAAGAUCCUCCAGCUCCUGGAGACCCCCACUUAGCUUACAGCAGACUUGUGAUAAAUACACACAUACACACACACACACACACACACCUACACACACAGACACACUUACACACACACGUACACACACACACACACUUACAC